CUCCAAUGACCAGGCGGCGUCGCUAUUUCUACAGUUGGUGAACUACCUCUAUUAGAAGACGGACUAUGUUGUAAAAAUCUUCCAAACUCUUUAUUUUCCGCAGAUUAUUGCUUUUUUCCCUCGGUUCUGCUCGGACCUCCGGGGCACCGUAUGACCGGCUCUCCCUGGGGACCGGUGCUCGGGGACUAAUUUGAUCGCGUCGGUCGGCUGCUUAGCGGUUUUCUGGUCUCUGGCUGGAGGUUUACUAGCAGCCAAGUUAGCUCCGAGGCUAAUCCUAAAAGUCACGUCACCUGUGCGGACUCGAAUUAAAAGUUUCUCUGCUGAGACGGGACGACCGGCUCCCGGUUGACUUUAUGCGGUUGCUACUAAACUUUAUCUCUGUGUUUUUUGCGCGUUGUUCUGUGUUUUCUCUCUGUUUAACGGAGUCGUAAAAUUAGCGCUAGCAGCAAGUGAAGCGUAGCUGCGGGUAAUAAAUGUCGCUCUGGUCCACGGUCCUACUCGGAUACGGUGUUUUUAGGAGAGAAAUGCGGUAGAAAGAGAAGCCAGCCUCGGUGUUCAGCCCGCUGACUCGGCGGCUCGGGGUUUGCUGCUAGUGAGGCCUGCGGGUCGGGCUUCCACCGGGCUUGAGUAGAACCCGACGCCGCCGCAGAGAGGUCGGGGGCCGGCAGUUGGCACCGCCACCGCCGGGCCCGCGACCCUCGCUAUGGAGCGGAUGGAAGUGGACCAGUGCGCAGGCGCAGCUGGAGGAGGCGGGGCACUCCGUAGGUCGAACAGCGCCCCGAUGAUCACCAGUGUCAGUGACGGGAUGACGGUGUUCGGUCCUGUGUCUUCAGCCCGGUACAGACGCAGCAGCGUGUCCAUCAAUCCCAGCUGUCCCUCACAGCUCGUCCCCCUCUCUCCGUUCUGUCUGAGUGGAGACAGACUGGACCAGAAGAGACCGGAGGAGAACAUGGAGAUGCCGCUGAGGGGAAACCUUCACAGACUCAGUCCUUCCAGUCUGAUCCCGGUUCCUCCCGUCAGCCAAUGGAACGACCACACCUCAGCGUGGUGUCCGUCGGGGGACAGCGGCGUCACCCCUAACUCCUCCCCCAGCCCCACCAGGAGGUUCAGACCUGCCGCCGUCAGAUGGCCGCCAUUAACGCCGCUCAAGAGGAAAGGGGGGGCGGAGUCUGACGGACCUCCUAAGAAGCUCUUUGUUGCCGGGGUAACAGACCCCACCCAUCGCAGCGGCUACAAACUCAGCGUCUCCCCGGCGACGGCCGACUCUCCUCCUCCGGCGGGAGGAGUCAGCCCCCCCCCCUCCUUCACCCCCUUCACCUCCCACCAGCACCCUGGACACUAAAGCCCUCCCCACCCUCCUCACCCUCCUCACCCGGAGUCAGGACCACCCACCACUGUGGAAGCCGGCUGACCGUCGUCCAAUCAUCCGCCAGCUUCAAUGUAAGCCCCGCCCCUCGCUGUGACGGGAACUCGCAUUGGAUGACGGCCCCGUCACUGGUCGUUGUGGUCCCACCCCCUUGUGUAGGCCACACCCACCCACAGAGAUUAAUAAAGAUGGAGGACACGCUGGCCGUGUCUUCAGGAAGAGGGCGUCCACAGGAGGGGGUUAUGGGUAAUGUAGGCAGCACAGAUGAAUCCAUUAAAUCAGGACUUUGGACUCUAACCCGAUCAGAGAAUCAUUCCCUCCACAAGGUUCAAAGCAAACUUCUGAUCCUAUGAAGGAAAAGCUGUUUCUUUUCAGUUUUAAGGCAGAAACAGGAAGUGACGUGUAUCUAUAUGUGAAUAUAUUCCGCAUGCAGGCUUCCACUGUACAUAGAGUCUGAAGAAGUCGCUGCGCUCGGCUUUAACAAGCUUUUCUACUCCUCUUCGUUUCACACCGAGGCUGCGUUUCAUCCGCUCAGAGCUCAGAGGUCAGAGGAUGACCUCAGGGCUCAGCGUUCCAAGAUGGCCGCCGCAAAGUGAAUGAAUAACAUAAUAAUAUUAUUACUGUCAUAUUAAACUCAAAUCAGGCUAUUUAACUUCCACAGAUUGUAAAUGAACAGAUAACUUGAACCAACUAGAAUUAUUUCCAGUGAUGAAUCUAAAGAUCCAAACAUUCAAAAGGUUUAAUUGUAGAAAAAAAUCCACUCUUAUUGUUUUGGUCUCACCAGGCUGUUUUUUAUUACACUUCUUAUUUUACUUUAAUCUCAUUUUAUUCUUUGCUGCGUUUACUUUUAUUUGCAAUGAAGCUGCAGUGACAAAGUCAUUUCCCUGGUGGAUCAUUAAAGUCUGAGUCUCAGUGUGAAAAACUUAAAUUACACCAUAAGAGCGUUUCAGCGUAUGUUUGUGUUUAAAUCAUGUCUGUACAACACAGAAGAGGGCGGCCAUCUUGGAAAGUACUCGGGGUUAGUCAGGAUUUUACGACUUUCUCCGUAGGAAACCUGAUGGAACGCAGCAGCAGUGUUCUGGUCCUCAUCAGAUCCUCUGAAACGCCUGAAGGUUCUCAGUCCUCCAGGGUUUAGAUCCGAAGCAAGUUUAAAAAAGCAACUGGACGUACAGAGUUCAGGUCUGAGGAUCUCGUUCGGUCCUGAGACGCUGGACCAGGUUUAAAUAGAAACUCUGACGUGUUUCUGGAAAAGACCAGAAACAACUCGUUAAUGACCAGUUGUCUUUUUAAAGUCUUCGGAUCCUCCUCAGAUAGAAGCCUGUGAACCGGGGGCUGGACCCAGAGUCCCGGUCUGGGACCGGGGGCUGGACCCAGAGUCCCGGUCUGGGACCGGGGGCUGGACCCAGAGUCCUGGUCUGGGACCCGGGGUCCGAACACCAAACCCAACCGUUCUGGAUUUACUGAAGCAGUGGUUCUCAGCAUGUCUGGGUUCAGGACCCACCGCCCCCUUAAUCACAGAAACCCAAUCAAAGAAAAUGUCCAGCUUUGUGUUUUUGGCCCGGUCUCUGGCCCCGCCCCCCAGGGCGCCGGGCGGCCAUGUUGUCCAGCCCCACGUUUCAUCACAGUGACGAGCACAAAGCCGACUUCAGGCUGUUUCUACUUCCUACUUUUGCACUUUCCCUCCUCAUCGUGCCUGAAGCGUCGUCGUAGCCGUGGGACUCGUCCGUACGUUCGAACCUGUGACCAGCUGGUUCCAUCCAAGUGUCUUUGCUCCCGAAAGGAACAGGGAGGACGUGGAUCCGUGUUGCUGCUCCGACACAGGUCUUCACUCACGUCUUUGAGUUUGCACAUGAUGACUUUAACCUGAGUGACUUCAUGAAAGAGAUGCUGUUCACUUUUUACUUUUCUUGCUUUAUUUCUUGUUUCCAUCUGAAAGUCUGUCCUGGUCCCUGGUCCCUGGUCCUGGUCCCUGGACCUGGUCCCAGAUAAACCUGGUCCCAGAUAAACCUGAAUAUCAGCGACCUGUGGCGAAUAAAACCUGGGAGGAGUUAGAUCGUUUCCCCAUCGUGCACUUUGAGAAGAAAGUCUGAGACGAUAACAGCCAACGUUAUUCUGUUUGUUCCUCCUCGUUUUAUUUGGGCUUUUUUCCCAGAAGUCCACGAUGAAAUAAAUUCUACCUCCUCCCACGUGUUUCAGUCCUAAAUCUCCUCCGUGCUGAACUGAUUUAGUAGAACAUUAACUCUACCUCUGGUUAUCAGAGGAAUAAUCUCAGAAACUGACUCAACGAACAUCUGAAACCAGACGUUUGAUUUACAUCGAUUCUUCGUUAAAUUCAGGCCCCGACGUAAAUGAAGAAACGAGCUUUUGUUUCAUGCUUCGAGGACCAGGACAGAUUUUCCUCAGUGGAAACACGGAGCUGCCAAAUCCCCACGGCUGUACAGACUGUAGCUUUAAACGCGUCAGUGUUUUCAUGUCGAAUCUUUGCACAUUCGCCGUCUCAUACUGUCGGUCACUGUGAAGAGAACCUGCAAGUGUUCAGAGUUUCCUCCUCGCUCCUCUUCACAUCUUUGACUAAAUGAACGUUUCUGGGCUGGUUGGAGCUUCACGCUGAUGUGAUGAAGCUGGAAAGUUUCCAGUUGGAUGUUUGAAACAUUCAGGCUCCAUCACGUCAACUUUCUAGGAUCCAAUCGACCUCGUGUUGCUUCAGACUCGAGGCUCUUUGAUCGUUGGGCCGAGAUGUCGUGGUCUCCACAGUUUCUGUUUCCACUUCCUGCUUCUCUUUCAACAACGGACUGAAACUUUGCUGAACGUGAGUCUGAACCUUCUCAGUGAACCUCACCCUUAAAUGAUUAGAAAACACUGCUACUGAGAGGACCAAUCACAGCUCCAGCUCUCUGAGCUGGGUUCAUGGGAAGAUGAACAUGAGCUACGAUGCUAGCUGCUAGCUGGUUCAGACUAGUCCACCCAGGUUCGGGCUGUGGGGGAUUCUGUAUCAGUUCCUCCUGGGAGUGUUUGGUUUAGGAAAAGUAGACGGUUAUAGACGGUUUCAGUCUCUCCGCCAUCGCGUCGUCUUUGUCGUCACGUGACGUGAAUGACGUGCUUGGACGUAAAGAUUCGGGGCGAUGAGAUUGGACGAAGCCUGGAGGCCGAUGGCGUCUGACCUGAACCACGUCCACCUCCAGCCCCAAAACUUUCAGUAAAAGUGAAGCAGGAAGUAGAAACAAAACUGAACCUGACUGGUAAAGACAGCGCCGCCUAGUGUUUGGGUGGAGCUGUUACAGAGGGAACCAGCCUGAGGAGGCUCCAGUAGAGACGAGCCCCAAACGUCUCGUCGUUCGAUUUAUUUCAUGUUCUUGGUUUGAUGUGGAGCUUCGUUAUCGUCCUGUUCUCUCACUCUGGCAGAACGCUGCAAACACAAACCACUUCCAAACCAAACACAACUGAAACCAGAGGCUUCAGGUCACAAACCUUAAUGAAUCUCCAGGUUGGUCCGGUCUGGACCUGAGGAGGUUCUACUGGUUCUUACGGAGGGUUUAGGUCCAUCAGCUGGGUCAGAUAGAUGAGGAGGAACCAGGUGGAACUGGUCUGGACCAAACACAGGGUUCCCUGACUUUGGAUCCUACCACCAUGAUGUCACCAUGGGGGGGUCGGGGUGGGGGGGUGGAGCCUGUCCCAUAUCAGAGGGAAGCAGCUGCUCCAUCUGGAUGAAGACACCAGGUCCAGGUCCAAAGAACCAGGCAGAACCUGUGACUGGUUUCAGUGACAGAACCCAGAGGAAAGAUGAAUGAAACACGUAGCAUUUCAAUUUAAACCCAAAGAGAAUUUCACGCCGGGUUUGGAUCCAGAACGGCGCCGAUCUACCAGAGUGAGACUUUAAAAUCUUGAGUUUUACUGGAGACGACAAAGGGAACUAAAAGCACAUGUGUCUCUAAAGUGUUUCUGUAAAUAUGUUUUUCUUUCGGACAAAUUCUUUAUUUUUCUGCAACUGAGGAAUCAGAGUUUUAUUUUCAUUCCCGCCGUCGACCGUUCAGCUGUAAACACGACGCAGAACGACUCUUUAGUUUCUAGUGUACACACUAUAAAUACAUAUAUAUUAUAUUGUUUAUGAAAACUUCUCAAUAAAAGAGAAUCUGUACCUGGAAA